UUAAAGCGCUUGUUCACAGUCCGCUUGUGUACAAGCACGAUGUUGUUGCAUUGUCAACCUUUUCGCUUUAGAUUCAUACAUACUCCAUUUAUUUGUUGUUAUUGUUAUUCUCGCACUAGCAAUAUUCAAUUCUAGUGGAUCCGCAUCAACUUUUUAUUUGCUUUUAUAUACUUUGAAGGUGCUAUUCCAUCGACAAGUCACUUUCUGAGGGUGACGACGUAGUUGUUAUAAGGUUAUGUUCAUCAUGGUGGUAUUAUUUCUUGCAAACAGUCGUCUCUUGCCUUCCUAGGACUGAAGUCUUGUAUCACUCUGAGCCAAAUUUCUAUGAAACCUGAAAAUGUCUGAAAAUGGUGAACUUAUUCUUGGGUUCAGCCCUUUACCUGAAAGUGCUCCUGACAGUAAUGGUGGACCAAACUCGAGCAAUUCUGCUGAUGGUGAGGGUGAGCUAAUCACUGGUGAUGUGGGUGUGAUUCAAUUCAAAGUUGAACCAGCUGACCCUCCAGAAAUUACUGAUCAAAAGCCACUCCUCGUUCGUCCAGUAAAUGGUCAACAUAAUGAUGCUUCAGACUCAGGAGAUCAAGUGGCACCUGCAGGGUCAUCUUCUACGGUUGUUGUGGCAGAUAGUUUGACGGAAUCACUUCCUGCUUCAACCAAUAUCGUCGAUUUUAUCAAUCGAGCAGGCAGCGAAUUAACUGGCUCUCCUUCCCUUGAUGAUGAGGACGAUGCUGAGAGACCUGCUAAAAAGCGUAGGAAAACUCUUCCUAGAGGUACUUUCCAAUGUGCAGAAUGCCGGACCCUUUGUGAGAAUUUUGAUUCUUACACAAACCACAUGAACACUCAUUCAGCCGUUCCUUUACAUACUUGCCCAAAGUGCCUUUAUAUAUUUCAAGAAAAAUCUCUUUUUGAUGCUCAUGUUGCUCAAACAUGCAGAGCAGCUGGUAAUUCAAAAGAUAAAGAAUGUGCCGUUUGUAGAAAGACUUUUAAGUACGAUAGUCAUCUGAGGGAGCAUAUCAUCUGUAUGCAUAACAAGACGCCGUUGUUUUCUUGCCCUAUAUGUGGUCAAAACAUCACAUCUUGGCGAAGAUCUAUAGACAGGCAUAUGACCAACCAUGCUAACCAACUGAAAUGUCCAGCGUGUGGUGUUAAGUCAGACAACCAUGAGGCUCUUGAUGCUCACAGUGUAGAAGCGGGGGAUAAUCACCUCUGGUGUCGAGCUUGUGAUUUUACGACCAAUGUUAGGAUAGACUUUUUCAGUCAUGCCAAUACUCACAUUCCAAAGGCUGAUUUCCUGGAGCCCAUGGUGUGUUAUAAGUGUGGUCAGAGGUUCCAGAGAACUUCCGAGUUCAACAACCAUGUUCGGCUGUUCUGCCAAUUCCGAGACACUCCUGUAGAAGUCUCAGGUAGACCUGAGGUGAGCGUAGUGCAAGCGACACCGAAACAGUCAACUGUGCAGCUCCCUAUUCCUGACGGAAUCAACGAAGAAAAUGGCUGCUCAACAGAAGAACACCAAGAAAUUAUCCAUGUUGCGAAUGAUGCAUCGAAGCAAAUAAUCACUCUGCCGGAAGGUGUCAACAAUAAUGCCUUCAUACCAAUUACAUUGACUACAGGCGGUGACGAACUUGGCCAAGGCUUGGGAGCAAACACGACUGUAAUAAUUAUUCCACAGUUACUACUCAUGCCAAAUGCCUCCCAAGAUGGUACUGGAGAGGCAAUGGUCACCGGUCAAAAUGACCAAGUCAUUUACUUGGAGUGCAUUAAGCCAGAUCAAGCAGGGAUGAUGCCAAUGUUUGAAGUACCUGUUGAUAAAAAUGGACAAGAAAAUACUUUUGCUAAUCAGCAAUUACAGUCUGUUUUACAAGCCUUGCAGCAAAAUCAGGCAGGGCAGCCACUGCCAACAAUAGAGCAAGUGCAGCAACAACUCCAGCAAUUGCAGCAGAUACAACAACUACAGCAAAUACAGCCAUUACAACAGAUUCAACAGGUGCAACAAAUACAACCAGUGCAGCAUUUACAACAAGUUCAACAAGUUCAACAAAUUCAACAAGUUCAACAAGUUCAACAAGUCCAGCAGGCACAACCCACUCAAUCAGUGCAAGUUUGUGAUCAUCAAUCUAUAAUAGAAAUUGUCAAACAAGAGGUUCUGGAAGAUGAUGAUCAGCCCCAGGAAGAAAAGUACCAGGUGCCUCCCACAUCUGUUCAGCCCAGCAUUGCCGCACCACUGCCAGUUCAAAACAUCUACAGCUUGGCUAUGAACUCUGCUCCUGGUGCAGCAGGCGCGGUAGCUGCUGUGGGCGCUCCGCACGCUCCGCAUGAUCCCGGUUCCGCGGCUCAGCCAAGUUCAGAAACUGGAGGACCUCCUGCUUUAGUGUGUUCAGUUUGUAAUGAGGUUCUCAAAGAUUCAGAAACUUAUGAAAGCCAUGUUAAGCAGCAUGAUAAAUCCAAAGCUAAACCGAAAGCCAAUGUUAUAGUGCCGAAGAAAGGGGCAAUCUCAUUCAAAUGUGAGCAAUGUGGUCAGGGCUUUGCUGCGAAACACCACCUAGAGCAGCACACAAUCACAUUUCAUAGUGAUGUUGCUGGUAUUGUUUGCCCUGUCUGCAGAGUUGGCAUGGCCAGUGAGAAAACCAGCCUUAAUGAACAUUUAGCCAAGGCUCAUAACUUACGAGUUGAGCCAUCAGGCAAACUCACUGACUGCUCUUCUGGGAGUUGAAGAACUUGAUUGACUCAUGUCUCAAAUAAAAUAUUAAUGGACUCAAUGGCAGUCUUAUUCUUUUAUGUACAGGUUAACUGUCAUUGAAAUGCUAGUUGAAUAAGGUGCCUUUUAUGAAAUGUCAUUCCUUCGUGUUCGUGAUGAGACUGGAAGAAAUGAGGCCCAUCUCAAAUCAUUAAGGAUACAAUAUGCAUAAGGUCCACUAAUAGUAUUGUUUCUUUCUUUGAUAGCUUCAUUGCCUAUUUUAUUUGUCUUAAGUGUAUAGGAUCUGCCCAAGUUUCCUAUUUUGCAUAUUUUUUUACUACUGUAUUUAUGAUUUGAUAGUUACAUACUUGUUUUUUUCCUUCAAAUUUCUAAAACAUGGCAAAGGGAUGUUUUAUGAUUAGUAGAGAUUAAGCUGUUGAAGGUUGAUGGUUCAGUUUUGCUUGAAAGAUCUUUUGAUAUAAUGGGAAAAUGAUAUUUUCAUUGUAUCUGUCUCACUGUUUGCACAUGUUAUCAUUUUAGAUUAUAUUUACGAUUUCUCAUUACUGCAUCCUAUAAUUUGUUUCUGUGACUCAACCGUAAAGAUAUACUUACUUUUUAGUUUGUGUUGUCAUUCUAUGUGUAAGGGAAUCAGAUGUGAGUGUGUUACUAGUGGCCCAAACGUGUCAGCAGUUAAGCUUACAUUAGAUUUGUUUUUAACUAUUUUACAUUAUAAAUUUGGCCAACUGGCUACGGAUAUCAGGGUUGUGUUUGCCCCAAACCGCAAGGGUCGUAUGCCAUUUGUUAAAAUUUAUUUUUGUACAUAACACUUCAUCAUAUUGAUGAGAGGACAAAAAUGACAAACUUAGAUUUUAUUCGGCCAUUUUGUGGACCUCAUUUUAUGUGUUAUUUUAAGAAUCAUAUUGUAUAUGCUAUUUGUACUUUGCUGCCUUCUUUUGACUUUAUCUGUGAUAUGGACUUUUUCAAAUUGAAACUGUUGCAUUUGUGCCUGAUUUUCACACAGACAGCACUACAAAUCUAUGUAAGCUCCAUGAAUUUGGAUGAAUGCAUCUUGCAGUUUGUUGCGCAUGGCACAUUCUGUUGGCUUGCAUCUUAUCUUAAUUCCUGAUGAGAAUGUGAAACAUGAGAGAUGAUUAAAGGACAAUGAUUUUGUAAUAACAAA